GCAAAUUUGUAAGUGUGAGUAACAUAAACUUAAUGAUGUUGAGAAUGUGUUCGUGAAGUUUGUUUGAAAAAAAUUGUAAAUCUUUAUACUGUAGGGCAGAAAAGAAAAUUUAAUUAAUCAAUUAGAGGAUCAUUGUUCGUAGUUUUGAGUUGCAGCAAUGUCGACAUUGGAAGAUAAGAUUAUGGGCGAAAAGCUGCAGUAUUAUUGCAGUAGCUCAGAAGAUGAAAAAGAAGGAUCAGGCGAUGAAGGAGACGAUGAUUGUGAAGGAGCUAAAGGAAAAGCCUCUGUGUCUCAACCAGCUCCAGAUUUAACACAAGAUAUGACUCAUUGGCAAGGAAAUAGUGCCAACACUGGACCAAAAGGUGUUAUUAAAGAUUGGCAGAGAUUUAAGCAGCUUGAGAAUGAAAAGAGACAAGAUCAAGAGCGUGAGAGACUUGAAUUGAUGAAAAAGUUAAGCAUUACUGCAAAAACAACACUUGAAGAUCAAAAAGCGAAAGAGCGGGACGAGCUUGAUGCUGAACUGGAAGAACUACUGAACGAUGAUUUUCUACAAGAAUUCCAAAAACGUCGAAUGCAAGAAAUGCUUGCAAUGCCUGGAAUGCUUCCUAAAUUUGGAACCGUAAUUUCACUGAAAAAUGGUGAAGAAUUCCUGCAAUCCAUCGAUGGAGAAAACAAAAACGUCACCGUCAUCAUUCAUAUUUACGAGGAGAGGUUCAAAGCAUGCAAAACCAUGAACAAAUGCAUAGCGAAGCUUGCACAAGAAUACACAACUGUGAAAUUUUGUAAGAUUCUGAGUGUCGUUGCUGGUCUUAGCAAAAAGUUCAAAACCGUAGCCCUUCCAACGAUUCUUGUUUAUAAGAAUGGUCAAGUAAUUGGAAAUUUCAUAAGAAUGAGUGAAGAGUUUGGUGACGAAUUUUAUGCUUCCGAUGUUGAGAGCUACUUAAUCGAACAUGCUCUCUUGCCUGACAAAUCACUUAUGCCUGCAAUUACAUCCAGCUCCACUGCCCAAGAUGACAAUGAUGAAUAACUUUUUAUACUCGUAAAUUUCAUGAUUGUAUCAGAACAAUUUAAUUAAUUACAGUUUUAAUUUGAUGCACUCGCAUCAGUUUCCCAUCGCAUUUCAUUCACCCUCAUGUUUGAAGUAUUACAUUACUAACACUAUAUCAUUUUAAUUAAAACUUAUUAAGACGCAUUAAUGUAAACAACAUCAGCAUAGCAUCGUAAAUCAGCAAUAAAGUUUUCUUUCUUUUCUAAUUCCAUGAAGAAAAAAACACCAGA